GGUUUGGGUCUUAAAAAUCUUGAAGCCAUGAACGAAGCUUUGUUAACAAAGUUUGUUUUGGGGUUUGAUGAAAGGGAAUGAUCAGUCCUGGGUUCAUGUGCUGAGGGAUAAAUACAUGAGAAAGGAUGGUUCUGAUUUGGGGUGGUUAGCGAAGCCUGAUUCGUCUCCUUUAUGGAAGACUAUUUGUAGACUUCAUCCAAAGGUGCCAGAAGGUGUUUCUUGGAGUCUUGGUGAUGGAAAAGGAGCUCGGUUUGGCAGCAUUGCAGGCUUGAUAAAUGUGAUCCUUUCUUGAGUUUGCUAUUGAUUUGGUUCCUGAGGAGCAACUUCAACGGACUGUCUGUCAGUUUGUUAGUGAUGCUAGCCAGUGGGAGUGGUCAGUCUUUGAUAGAUUCCUACCUAUUGAAUUAAUUCUGAAAAUUGCAGCGACGUUUCCUCCUCGCGGUUCUGACGGCCGCGAGGACAUAUUUAUAUGGAAAUUUACUUUGAAUGGAGAGUUCUCUGCAAACACAGCUUAUGGUAUGUUAGAGGAUCAUAAAUGGAUAACAAUUUACAUGGAAAUAUAGAUUCUUUUUCUUUCCUAGAGAAGCUUGUGGUUAUUUGAAGUGAAUUUGAUAUGAGAGAGGUCGUUAAUGUGAAGAAUUUACUUGUUCAUAAAUGUGACGUGGAUGGUCUUCAUGCUUUGGUUACUGUUUUUGGAUUUGAUGCUCAUGUCCUCAGGGUUUACUUGUAAUAAAAGUUGUGUGGAGACAACGUAGUCUGUUCGUUCUAAACAGUUCUUUAGUUUUCCUUGUCAGAACAGAGACAUAGCAGGCUGCAGUUAAAUUGAUGGCGAUGAUCAGGGUUAGGAUGGGUUUCACAACCUGUAUAUGAACUGAAAAAAAGGGGGAUUUCUAAGUGUGAUAUGAAGCUGAGUUUUUCACUCUGGACCAUGAUGGCUAGUAUUUUGCGAAAGGGGAAACAGAGGAAAUACCUCUUCGAAGCCAUAUGACUAAAAAUGGGGAAACAGUUACGCAGAUUUAGUCUACUCGGUAUUUCAGGAGGUGACAUGCGGCUCUUUGUUGUUCACUGCCUGUGCAAGAACUCCGGAAAGAGAUACUUGAGCUAACCCCCCUCCUUAAAUUUCCCUCUCUGUGAUCAAAGAUGCAGACCAAAGGAUGGACAUUAGGAGAGAAACUCAAGGCUGAAGGAAUUUAUGGCACACUCUCAAUCACGUACUGGAGCAAUGACUCCAUUUGAUGUCAAACACGGACAUGGUAAAAGGCCUGGAAAUCCAACAACCCCAACUGUGGAAGAACUUCUACAAGCUGAGGAAGUUACAAGGUGGUCGCCACACACCACACCAACUUUUUGUAAGGAUCAUGAGCUGGAGUAUGAUCAGUCCCCCAAUCAAAAGAAAUCAGUUAUUACAAAAGUGAAGGAGAAGGCCAGGAAAUGGCGAAGCACCCUCAGCAAGAAGAAACAUAAUGACGACGGUAACACCACUCCUUCAUGGGGUGUCAGCCUGGAUUAUGUUGAAGAUGAAGAAGAUCCUGAAUAUCUAGGAGCCCCAAUGUAUGAAUCAGAGAUGGCUCCUGAGGGGUAUAAAGAGACCGCUAGACAGCAUCCAAGAGCAGUUCCUGUGAUAUCGGAGACUCGUGUUUUGCCAAGUAGUGAGACCUGUGCUGCUGAAGUCAAGCCAAUAACUGAAACUGCGAGCGGGAAACAAGAAAAUGAGAAGUCUCCCAAAACACUAACUCAAACCGUGUCAGAGAAGCUGGCACCAGCAUCCAACACAGUAUCCGUUGCUACCCAUGCCAUUGCUUCCAAGAUUCAAAGCCUCGCUGUUUCAACCCCUGAAACUGUGAUAUCGGAUACGCAUGUUUUGCCGAGUAGCGUGACCUGUGGUGCUGAAGACAAGCCAAUAACUGAAACUGUGAGCGGGAAACAAGAAAAUGAGAAGUCUCCUAAAACACUAACUGAAACAGUGGCAGAGAAGCUGGCACCAGCAUACAACACAGUAUCCAUUGCUACCCAUGCCAUUUCUUCCAAGAUUCAAAGCCUCGCUAUUUCAACCCCUGAAGCACCAGGUGCAGCGGGAUUAGACCCUGUGGAGGAAGGUAGAGCAGCAUCAUCUGUAGCAGGACCAACCAAAGUAGCUCAAGACCAAGUUACAUCAGAUCCAUCCCGAGAUCCAGAAGCUGCAGCAUCUGGUUACCAUUUCUGUGCCGGAGAGAAAAAAUGGGAUAAAGGAGUUUCAGUGAAGGAGUAUUUAAUGCACAUGUCUGGGCCAGGAGAAGAUGACAGAGCCCUUUCUCAAGUGACAUUACAAGCAACAAGUCCAAGGAAAACUGCUGGCGAUGUGAGUGUGGUGGACAUCGUGAGAGAUGCUGUAAAUUCUCUUCUUCAGGUCCAGGAGUCCUCCCAACCUACAGUUUUCCAUUCAGCUAAGAACUCAUCCUCAGAUAUGACCAUAUCAACCGAUGCUCAUGAAGUUACCGAAGAAGAAAAUCAUGGAAGAAUACAUAGAGCCAACUGAAAGGUGAUUUCAAUAGAUAUUAAAGAAAGUUUCUGGUAUUCAGUGCACCAAAUUCUAUGUAUGUUAAUAAAUAGCUGCCAAUGAAGGUGGCAAUAAUUGCUUAGAAUUAGCGAUAACUAUCUAAAGAUUGCAUUUUGUGGAUCCCUGCACUGAAUGUAACAUUUCUUCCUAUUCCUCUUCUGAAAUUUAAUCAUCAGAGUGGUCGUUUAAUUAGAAAUGUUGUAUCACCUGAUAGGCUUUAGCUCAAAUGGUUCACUUUUGAUCAGCUGGUGAGCUUAAAAUCAGUGGCAAAGCGGCUGAAAUGGAAUUCUGGAGAUUACGAUGGAUAGUUGUUUUCUCUUACUACAGUUUUAGGAGCAUCUAUCAACUGAUAUCAGGUGACCGUGACCGUGACAAAAUGUUUAUUAUGUCACACUUUUAAAUUAAGAAAGACAGUUCAUGAAUGCUGCCAUACUUGUUAUAAACUACACAGCAGAUAUUCAAACGAGAACAUCAUAGCGAUGGGCCAUGAUUCGAUCUUUCUGGCAGGAUGAUUAGUGCUAUGUACUUCCUUUUCGUUUUACACACAGAAAAACUAACAGUCGUAGUUGUAGUUGAUGAUGGACAGAUA